GCCCGCCAGCCCGCCAGCCCGCCCGGCCGUCGACCCAUGUCCCGCCGCAAGGCCGGCUGCACGCCCCGCCGAGUAGACCCUGCGCCCGCCUCCAACACAGACGACGAGAUGGAGAUGCCGGACCUCGUCAUCGAAGUGAAGCCCGAGCCAGACGCGCGGCCCCUACAGGCCCCGGAGCUGGGGCCCUUCUCCCCGAAGGAAGUGCCCGCGCCGGGGCGGUUCGAGGGCGAACCCCGCCACUCCCCCGGCCCCGUGCCCGUCGGGAGCCCUCUCCACGCCCUGGGAGCGCGGAACCAGUGGGCGCUGUGGACGCCACUGAUCGUCAACCCUCGCGACCGCCAGCCCUGGACCGACAAACGCCCGGAUCUGUUGACCUGCGGCCGUUGCCUGCAGACCUUUCCGUUGGAGGCCAUCACUGCUUUCAUGGACCACAAGAAGGUGGACUGUCAGCUUCUCAGAGGCCCCAGCCCCUGCCAGGGCUCAGAACGCAAGGACCCCAAGGCCCUGAGCUGCUUCCGCUGCGGGAGACAGUUCACGGGGGCCUGGAAGCUGCUGCGCCACGCCCAGUGGGACCACGGACUGUCCAUCUACCAGACGGAACCUGAGGCCCCCGAGGCCCCGCUGCUCGGCCUGGCGGAGGUGGCCGCUGCCGUGUCCGCAGUCAUGGGGCCGGAAGCGGAGGCCAAGGGUGCCCGGAUGAGCGUCCUCCCCCGGCGGAGCCCCACCUGCCCUGUGUGCGCCAAGACCCUCAGCUCCUUCAGUAAUCUCAAAGUGCACAUGCGCUCGCACACCGGCGAGCGGCCCUACGCCUGUGACCAGUGUCCCUAUACGUGCACCCAGAGCAGCAAGCUCAACCGGCACAAGAAGACCCACCGGCAGCCGCGGCCUCAGAGCCCCUGCAGGGCCGAGGCCAGUCAGGAACAGGCCUCUACCGCCCCUCCCGAGCCGGCCGCCCAUGCCGCCGCGCCAGCCAGCACCCUCGUGUGCAGCAGCGGGGAGGGCGCCGGAGCCGCGGCCACAGCCGGCGUCCAGGAACCUGGGGCUCCUGGCGGUGGGGCUCAGGUAGGCCCCGGCGGGGCCAGCUGGGGACCUGCCCCCAAGGAACAGAGAACUGAACCCGCCAAGGGCCCGAUGUCCCCCAAGAAGCUGCCCAAGCCGGUGGGCAAGAGCCGCGGGCCCGGGGGCAGCUGUGAGUUCUGCGGGAAGCACUUCACCAACAGUAGCAACCUGACGGUGCACCGGCGCUCGCACACGGGCGAGCGGCCCUACACCUGCGAGCUCUGCUCCUACGCCUGCGCGCAGAGCAGCAAGCUCAACCGCCACCGCCGCAUGCAUGGCCUGGGGCCCGGCAGCACCCGCUUCGAGUGUCCCCACUGCUGCGUGCCCUUUGGCCUGCGCGCCACCCUGGACAAACAUCUGCGGCAGAAGCACCCCGAGGUGGGCGGGGAGGCCUGAGCUGCCGGAGUGCCCUCCCUGCCGUUCCUGGUACCGUGGGGACCACUGCCGGCGAUCUCCUUGUCCUUCCUCUGCUGCGAGUAAAUGUUCCCGCCUAGUUACA